AUGGGCCGGCCAGCCAGCCUUGAGGUAGGGCUACUGGCUACAAGGGCUACCGCCUUCGGGUCCAAGGCAUAUCUGGACGGCCUAAACUUGGAUGAUGAUGGUGUCAAGUUGGUUGAAGGAGGAACUUGUAAAGGAUCUAGAGGAGCCAAACACUUGUGUGGAAAGAUUAGGAGCGAUCGGGAUGAUUUUGAUAUGCGCCUUCUAUGGUGA